AUGGCUUCUGAAGAAGUAAGGCCUAAGGAAAUAGUCCCUGAGGAGGCUAAUCCUGAAGAGGCUAUGGCUAAGGACCCUACUAAAACCGUGAUCGAAGAGCUAGCUCCUGUUGUAGAAUCGACUAGGCUUGAGGGAGAAUUGUUGGCUUCUGAUCCAAAGGACACUGAGGUGCCUUUGUCUGAAGGUCAUGCUUCCCCGAAUUCUGGAGGACCCGAGUCUGAAAAUGUAGUGCCAGAUCUGAUAGUGGAACCUGUGGUUCGUACCGAGGAUGUUGAUGAUUCUAGUGCUUCAUGGGCUAAGAGAUCUGGAACUGCGACGAUGUCCAAGGAGAGAGCCAAAAUACUGCUGGCAAAGUGGGUGACACUUUCAACAGAAGAGAGGGUGACUGAAGAACAGAGUGUUAAGGUCUGUUGUGCCUUGGAUGCCCUUGGUCCAACUUAUCCGGAUUUUGCGUCUUCUUUCGAGAAUGCUAAAUCAGACAUGUUGGCUUUGGCUAAUAAAUUUAAGCACAGUGGUCCUGCUCAACCUCCUGAUGAUUUGGCCCAAUUAGAGGCAGAACUGGCCCGUUUAGGAAAGAGGUGCGGCCCAAUGCUUUCUUCUAGAACCAGGUUUUUAGGUUUCCUAAUAUGA